GUUUUUCAACGUAUGGAAUGUGACAGAUGCACGAAAAUUCACAAUCCUCAAUAGAUAGAGAGGUAGCUUUUUUCCGUAUAUACGAUAUAACCAUUUUCAUCGGUAUGUAAGUGAUGAUAUCAAAUAGCUCAAAUUCAUACAAGCAUAAAGCUUCAAAAAACCAUGAUUUCGACUACUAUCACUCAGAUGAUAAUUAUGACAAUAACAGUUUGGAUGAUGAAGUAGGUGAACCAAAUCACAAGUAUAAUAUAUAUACGAGAGAUGGAAGGUACAGGGGCAUUAGUGGUCGGGCCAGGCCGACUGAAUUUAGAUCAUCUAGUAGGGCUAGCGAACGAAGGGGCGGAUUUAGGGGCAGGGGUGGGCAAAGCACCAGAAGAAAUGAGCGUGAUUUUACCGAGAAUUUAUAUCCCGUGAGGAAAUAUGAUUUGCGAAACAAUGAAUCUACUGGAAGUUAUAGGGGAAAAUUUUAUGAGCCAGACAAAAAGGUGGACUUCAAGUUCAGCCUGCCGGAAGAUACGAGAAUUUCAAAACUGCUCAGACGUUUGUCGUCGGAAAGCGAUCAGGAGAAUUCGUUGGCCAUAUCGAAAAAAUUAUUGGAGGUACUCCUGUUGCCCGAUAAUGCGGUUUACGUACGGAAAGCGUUUCACAUAUUGGGCGAAUCUAUGUAUGACAUACUGUACGUGGCGCCAGGACCGCUGGCCAAACAGCAGGCGGCCCGAGCGUUGGGUCGGAUGGGUUACAUAAUGGGCCAAGAGAACGACUUCGAACGCUAUCAACAGUGGCUGUUUUCCAAAUUGGUCGGUACGCACGAAGAGAUCCAGAUACUCCUGAUGAAGUCGUUCAAGGAAACGUUCAGCAUGGAGGCGAAGAAACCGGUACUAGAGAACCACGCUGAGAAUUUAAUCAACAAUUUGGUCACGACGAUUGAGACAACGGAAAAUGCGGAAAUGUUCAAGGCGAUUCUUGACACGUUGAUGAGUUUCGUCGAACUGUACCCGAGGAGUUUCUACGAUCAGUUCAGGGACACGAUCGAUUUGUUGUUCGGGUGGCACGUCGAUCACACACAACCGCUCAACAACAUCGAAUUUAUAUCAAAGAACAUGCUCCGGGCCAGGGAACAUUUUAAAUGCGUCGCCCAUCUGUCGUUUUCCAUCGGCUUGAUAGAGAAUUUCCUUGAGGACAUAACUAAUUAUGCGUCGCAAAUGGACGAACCUGGCUCAAACUCUCUUCAACACGUCACCGUUUUGGUGCUUGCAAUGAAUACUGUACUGAAAUGUCUGGAUGUUGAAUUUCAUCCAGCCAACAAUAAGGAUGUCACAAUUGAUUUUGUGAAUAAAUGUUUGGGGAAAGUUAUUGCGACCCUUACCGAUUUUUUAGAGAUAUGCCAGCCCGACAAUUUAUUGAUUGCCGCUAAUGAAUGUAUUUCACUGCUGUUAGGAGUGCUAGAUAAUAAAAGUCAAAGUCUUACAACUAAAAUAUUUCAGUUACUUGACCUAGAAUUGAAAAUUAUGGAUGAUUUUACCGACGCAUCAGUCAUAUCUUUGCUUUUGUUCAUUUCCAAGGUUGUUAAAGAACUUUCAACCAACCUUCCAAUUGAACUGAUAGAAAAGUUAAUUGGACCAAACUCCAAAGUUCUACAUCUGAGAUAUUCACCAACUAGAAGUAUUCAACAAUCCGUUAUAUGCGUUUACCAGUCUUUACUAAACGUUAAAAACGUAUCUUUACUACAAGAAACCUACAGAUACGUUCUGGGAGAUUUAGAAAUUGUGUACAAGAAUAUUUUGCCCACUUUAGAACCAUUCGCUCAAAGCAACCCAUUUUCGAGCAGAAUCAUCGAAGCGACAGAAAAUUGCGAACUGACAGUCCUGUUUCUGUUGAGGUGCAUGUCGCAACUGGCGAAUGCGAGUUCAAUUAUUGUUAUGUGGGCUUUAAAACCAACCAUAUUGGAGCUUGUGGGUGUUAAUUUGCAACCACAUAACCCUGUGCUGGCCAAAAACACUCCAGCCUUGCAAUACAGUUUGUUGUAUCUACUCUAUUCCCAUUGUAAAUGUUACAAUCACUUCAUUUCAAACAGUUCUUUGGUUACGAACAAGAAGGACCUGUCUAGUAUGAUGAAUUUAUUUUCCUUGAACGACGGAUUGAAUACCAACGAUGUGCCAAACACUUCACCCAAUUCUGGGAACUUCGCCGUCAUUUUGAGCAUACUCCACAAGACGUUAAGCGUACCUACUUCGUGCGAGGUCACUUUGUUGCUGCUGCAAUGGACGAACGACAUACUGAUUAACUCCGAGAUUUAUUUAGAAAAUUUGUACAACAACGAGCUGUUUAUGCAGGUGACUAACGUAUUGGUGAAGUGCGGAUACAAUUUCAACACCAAUAUUGUCCUGAUGGUUUGCGAAAAUUUGGAUAAACUAUUGAGUAACAAGCAACUAUCUUGGACGAACACGUUUUUGAGUAACGUAACCGAUUUGUGCAAAUUGCACAUGAAAUCCAAUGACGCAAAUGUACGGGAUUCGUACACAAAAUUAGCCGCCAACAUACCGUGGGAUAUUUGUAUUGUAGAACUGAACAAAACCAACUCCACAUUCAAGAAAACCAAAACCAUCACGUCCAAAGACUACAACAAUUUCGUUUUAUACAUGGCCCAACACUUGCAUCUGAACGGCACAAUAGAAAGCGAGAUGUACCCUUUGCAAUUUAAAAACUUCAUGAAUUACCUACUGAAAAACGAACGAACGGAUAACAAUUGGCUAGAGGACAUAUUCACGUCCUGUUGGACUCUGGAAGGAUACUCUCAACUGAACAUGGAAUUGUACUUUGACCUGGCAAUCAAUUCGAAUCAAGUGCUGACCAACUGGGCGACGUUAGAGGCCGCCCAGUUUUGCGUCAACUACAAACUGAGGACACCGCUGGGCAAACCCAACGAAACGUUCACGAAAAUCGAGGGCGCCCUCAAUCAACUGGGCAACGAUCUAAUCUCGUUGAAAAAAGGCGGCAAGACUGAGCAAGCGCAGUCGGACGGUCGGCGUGUCAGGAUGCUGCUGCAGUUCGUCGAGCACUUGGAAAAAUCCAUUUACAACGCGUCAGAAGGGACCGCGUUGGCUAUGCCGGCGUCUUCGAAGGUGGUCCGGUCGUUCUUUAUCGCCAACACUAACACCUGCUACGAGUGGCUGUCGAGGAUACGUAUGGUGCUGAUGCACGUCGCCUUGCACGCCGGGGAGGCCCCCAUAGCGUUGCGACACGGACAAAGUUUAUUGAGGGACAUGGCGGCAGGGGAUAAGACCAAAACUCCGGAGUUUGAAAAAGUACUUAUCUUUGUCACCAUAGCUCUUUUGAAACUGAAAGAACCGGAGGCUUUGUACGGGUUGUACUCUUGGUGCAAGGAGGUGAGCGGAAAACGCAUACUGUGGAUUAAAUAUGCGGCGGAACAAGCGUCCAAAAGAUACGAAGUUGCUUUGGAGGGCUACAGAAGUUUGUUGCAAAGUAACGACGAAGGGGAGAGUAAAAUCAUCGAGUCUGACACCGUUAGCUUUAUCGUAGAUCAAAUUAUUGUCUGUUACAAGGAAUUGAACAGUUGGUCAGAGUUGAUUUAUUGGCACGAGAUGGAAAAUAAAUCUCACACAGAGAAUGGAAGGAAAUAUUGGUUUAACACAACUGACUGGGAUUGUAACAAAUGUUUAUCCAAUUUAGAUUUUAAUAAUGCAGCUUUUGAAGAACUCACAACUUGGGAAUACAAAAACGACAGCAAAUACUGGAGUGCAUACGAAACAUUAUCCACAACCGAAACCAACUUGUACAACAUCGCUCUGAAUAUUAAUUCCAAAGAUCUGGAAGAAAAUUUAACGAAAAUUAACACGAAUAUUACGUACGUACAAAACUCAAUUCAAGAACAUCUUAAUUCUGCUCCGUCAGAGUUCUUGCAGAACUUUUCGCUGUUAUUAUAUGUUUCCAACGGCUUGAAACAAGUAGCAAAUCACACACCAGCUCAUACUGUAUUUCUGGUGUCGGAGAAUUUUGAGAACGAAAUCAACAAAAUUGAGUCGUCGGUUUUGAGGAAGAUAUUGUGGUGGUCAGAGUAUUUUGGCGCUGUGCAAAAUCAAGGUUUCAAUGUAUUUUGCAGCAACCUACGAUUGGACAUAAUCAAACGGUCCCGUAAAGAAAAAAAUUUUAAAUUGGCCUAUCAAUACUUACAGAAAUUCUUCAGGGACAAGAACAUAUGUUUGCCGGAGAAGCUAGAAGGCGACAAGUUAGCCGGAGCUUUCUUACAAAAACUAGGCGAUAUUGAACUGUGGACGGUCGAUAUAGCUAAAGCAGUGUCCGAAGUUAUAAAAUUGUCGUACGUGGAGGAACCAAGGAACAAUACGUUUAAUUUGUGCGCAGCCGCAUCCACUGCGAUAUCAAAAUAUGCGGAGAUGUUCAGCAGCGGGGAACUGAGGAAGAUCAGCAGCAAGAUUCUAAUAAAGCUGGCCUCGUGGCUGCAGACGAACGAAAACAUAUCUGUAACCGAAAUGAGCAGUCCCCUCAGUAAACUCCUGAUGGUUCUUCCCGAAAUCGGCAUGAUGGAGAAAAUAGCGGCCAACAUAAUACCCCUGAACGAAAUGGCCAUCGGAAAGUUGUUGCAGUUCAGCGUCCAUCACUGCGCAACGCUGGCAAAAAGUUGGAAUGCUUUUGGCACUUGGUGCUACCGAUGGGGUAAGAAAAUGGUCGACCAUAGCGCCGACAUCAAAAACAAUUUGUCCGACGAACAGUUCGAAGAUCUGAAAAAACUAUUGCCGCCGGACACGUCCGAAGAUGACGUGAAGAAAAUAAUAGGGAUCAUUGCUCAGACCAGGUCGGCAAUAGAUGACGAGGACAUCGACUCCAACGAAAUUAACACGUCGGACAUGAUACAGGCGCAGCUGCAAUGCGUGAACGUGCUGAGAAGUGCUUCCGACGAACAGCUGCACGGACUGGUGCAAAUCUGGCGUGACAUCCAGAAGAGGAUCUAUACCUAUUACUUCCUGAGCGCCGACGCUUACUUUAAAUACCUGCAUCUCGCCUCCAAUUCCGAAAACAUCAACAAGAGCACGGAGUGCAACACCAUAACCGUAACGUUACGAUUGCUACGUUUGAUCGUCAAGUAUGCUUUGGAAUUGCAGAGCAUUUUGGAGGAAGGACUUCAAACAACGCCUACGCAACCAUGGAAAGUUAUUAUACCUCAACUUUUCUCCAGGUUGAACCAUCCCGAAAGUUAUGUGAGGCACAGAGUAUCGGAUUUGUUGUGUAGGGUGGCGGAAGACGCCCCUCAAUUGAUCACUUUCCCAGCUGUCGUGGGUGCCUUGGAAGGUGGUCUCAAAUUCGAUUUCUCCGAGAUUACGUUGCCCAAAGAUUGUCUGUCGCAGAACAACGAAGGAAAUGAAGAUAACGAGCUGAAUGAAGAUGAUGAUUACGACAGUGACAACGAGGAACCAGUCAACACCUUGCAGGCUUGCUUUAAAACCAUGGUAGACACCCUUAGCAAGCAAGAUCCUGAGACGAUCACUCAAGUGCAGACUUUGGUUAAAGAGCUGAGACGCAUCACUUUGUUGUGGGACGAAUUAUGGUUAGGUACUUUGGCACAACACCAAUCAGAAAUCACUAAGAGACAACAACAAUUAGAAUACGAAAUAGAGAAAGUAAACGACAACGUGAACCUGUCCAGCGAGGAGAAAAUCUCUUUGAUUGCUGAAAAACACAGAAUCAUCAUCAAGCCUAUUAUUUUUAUACUGGAGCAGCUGCUGGAUGUAACUAGCGUAGAAGCGGAGACCCCGCACGAAAAGGAGUUCCAGGAGAAAUAUCUGGAUGACAUCAAGGACGUGAUUGCGAAGUUAAAGAGCCCGGAGUCUCCGGAAAAACCUCAAGAGUCGCUACAACCUUUAAGGGCGUUGCAAAAGAAGUUCCAGCAGAAGUUCCAUAAACGUGCCUCCUACUCUUUAAAAAUGCAGAACAUCAGCCCAAUAUUGCACAACAUUAAAGAUACGCUAAUAGCUAUGCCCGGAAUAGCUUCAACGACUAAAAACGUGACAGUGGCUCAUGUAUCCAACGUGGUGUCCAUCUUGCCAACCAAAACGAAGCCCAAGAAACUUGUGUUUUAUGGUUCUGAUGGACAAACUUACACCUACUUGUUCAAAGGUUUGGAAGACUUGCAUUUGGACGAAAGAAUUAUGCAGUUCUUAAGCAUCGCCAACACCAUGAUGGCUCAAAACGCCGACCCUUCUGGCCACAAUCUCUACAGGGCCAGACAUUAUUCCGUCAUCCCCCUGGGACCCCGUUCUGGUUUGAUUUCCUGGGUGGACGGCACCACCCCCGCCUUCGCCCUCUACAAACGCUGGCAACAAAGGGAGGCGCUCAAGCCGAAUGUGAAGAACGCCGUCAACACCAACACCACCGUGCUAAGACCCUCGGAGCUGUUCUACAACAAGUUGAACCCACUGUUACAAGAACACGGCGUGAAAAACAUCGAAAACAGAAAGGAGUGGCCCUUGUCGGUGCUCAAGCAGGUGCUGACGGAACUGAUGAACGAAACCCCGAGCGACCUUUUGGCCAAAGAGCUGUGGUGCAACUCCAUAAACGCCGGCACCUGGUGGGAGAACGUGAAGAGGUACUCGUACUCGGUGGCGGUGAUGAGCAUUAUAGGCUACAUCAUCGGUUUGGGCGACCGGCAUUUGGACAACGUGCUCGUCGAUCUGAACACCGGCGACGUGGUGCACAUCGACUACAACGUGUGCUUCGAGAAGGGAAAGACGCUACGCGUGCCCGAGAAGGUGCCCUUCAGACUGACGCCGAACAUCCGAGAUGCUUUGGGUGUUACUGGGGUGGAGGGAAUUUUCCGUUUAGCCUGCGAAAACGUGCUGAAAACCAUGAAAAAAGGACGUGAAACGUUAUUGACUUUACUAGAGGCAUUCGUUUACGAUCCAUUAAUCGAUUGGACUGUGGGUGGUGAAGUUUUGGCCGGUACCACCUUCGGGGGAGUCGCAAAUCACGCAUCGUCACGACAGAAUAAGAAAGAUUUGGAAAAGGAAGUUACCUUGUCGAUGUUCAACGUCAGAUGCACGGAAAUGAGGGUCGAAUGGGACGAGAACAGAGAUGAAAUAAUGAACGUGUUACCUGAUUUGGAGAACAAAGUGACAGAGUUAUUGAAAAUUAUUACCGGAAUGGCCAAAACUGAGGAUCUUCUCCAAGACUUGCAUCAACAAAUGGCGUUGGUGAAAGAGGCGGAAGCUCAUGGCGCAAAUAAACAUCCAUUGUACCAACUCCCGAUGAAAUACGAAUCGUACCAUAAAACACAAACGAUUAUAUUAACGGCCAGGAAAGAGAUGGAGGCGAUAAUGGCGGACUGUGAAAGACAAAUACACAUCUACCAAGACGCACUGAAGAACCUGGAUGCGGACAACAUCAACCUACUCUUCUUAGAAAUCAGCUCGAAAAGCGAAGAACACAUGCACAUCUUCGAUUUGGUGCGUGAGUUCUUGCACAACGCAGGCAAAGAUGACGUUAUACUGCAGUGCCAACAGUCCGAAACUGAAGUCGGCGAAUUGUCUCAAAACUUAACAAUAUCCGCCAGGAAAUGUCUGCAACAACUUCAAGAGUAUCAUUCCAUCCUAAUGACUUGUCCAAAAUCCUACAUGGACAAUCACCGCCUGAAAAUUUAUUUAGAUUGGUCCCACCUACUGUUGGAAUCGAAGACCACCGAUUGUUGCAACGCUGUCUUCGAACGUUUCAAGAUGUUCUUGUCGCACGGCAUGCCCGCCCACAUCAUAAAAUGCGCCGUCUCUCUCCAGGCCCAGUAUCAGGAAACGGUGGAUCAGGUGAACAAAUUGUUCGACGAACUUACCAAAAUCAGCACCAAGGAACCGAUCAUCGCACUGGAAAAACUGUACGCCAAUUCAAAAGUGAGCAUUUCGACAUUCCUCAGCUGCGAAAAGGGGGCGACGGACGCGUUCGAGUUCGUGGUCGCCAACGAGCUGGUGGGGUUGAAUCGUAGCUUCAUCACUCUGGAGAUUGCUGCGCACAGAAGCGACAAAGUUUUAAUCAAACUGCAGAGCAGAGAUGGAGAUUGGUUUUUGGACGACCUAGUCAUGAAUAGCAUGAGAGCUGUGGAGAUGAUUAAUAAUUUGCCGUUAAGUCCAAACGCAGACGAUCGUUUCUUGAGAGUACUGAGCGGGGUGAGAAUCGCCAACAAUGUUUAUCAAUGCCUCUCCGAUUUGCAUUCCAAUUUCCACACCAUUAUCCUAUCUGAGAGCAUGAAGAAGGUACACAACGAAGAGCCGACUGUGUUACAGAUGAUUAAAGAUAUCAACGAACUGAUUACCAGUUUGGAUACUAGCAUACCGGAGCUAAUUGAACAACUGAGCAAGGUCUUAAAAAUGAUACUCAUGCAGAUGGAUAUUAACAAAUCUUUCGAUUAUAUCAUCGAUAAAGUGGCAGUAAUCAGGACUAAAUUCCACGACUUGAUUGGCCCCCAAACGGAUAAUCUCAGUCAAGGCAAAAUGCUCUUAAUGGGUUUCAAUGGACUGUUUGAAAAAAUAAACCAAGAAAUGGCUAAUUUAAUAAAUACCUUAUCCGACUUGGAAAUACCAAAAUCAUGGAAGAAAAUCGAUCAGGUUAAAGAGGCGAAGAGUAUUUCAGCCCACAUCUUCAAUCCAGACGUGAAAAAAAUCCUUGAUGACAUAUUUUUACUUAAAAGACUCCAAACUAUCGUGGACUUCUUCAAGAUUUGCGUUGAGAUGUGCCAGUCGUUUAAGAAGGACGGAGUUAUUUGCAUCUACAACGACGAACAGUUAUUAAGACCGGUUAGACAAUUCAUUGCUGACUUUAUAUCAUCUCAAUUAUUAGGAGUAACAACCGAGGCGAUCGCGUAUUCAGUCUGCUUUGUGCUGCAGAAUCUCGGUUUGGAUCUAACCAACGAGAUUGAGCAGAAGGACGUGGGGGCUGAACACAAGGUGCCCAUCGACGAAUUGUGCACUAAAGUAUGGAACUCGUUGACCAAGCAAGGCAUCUUCACGCAAAACGUUUGGUCUCAAGCUCAAAGUUUGGAGAAUAACAUGAAGAACGCGUGGGAGAAAAUACGAAUACCGAAGAGACUGGAACAAAAAUUGGCACAUCUGCAAUCGACCGCUAUGAGAAUCAAUCACCUACUGACUGUACACAACUUUAUGUACGACGAAAUUCACAACGGCUCAUUUAGGAACAAGCUACUGAUGGAUUGUCAUAAAGAACUAUUAACCUUGCAAACAAUCCAUACGCAACUGACAGAUGCUCGUGAAAGGCAACAAGGAUUAAUUGAUAAGGCCCAUCAAAGAUUGAACUGGGCCAAGGGAGCGAAUCCUAAUGUUGGUGAGAUUUCCACCGCUUUUAUAAAUGCAAUUGAUGCGAGGGAUUCACAGUUAAAUUUGGAACAAAAGGCUGUAGCGAAAAUUUUGGCUAUUGGAAACUCAAUAUUAAAUUACGAAAUUAUUAGGAAUGCAGGUGUUGAAGCAACGGUGUACAACAACGCUUUCAACACCAGUCUAGACAAGUGGAUGCAAGCCUGUCAAAUGAAUAACGAAAGAUGCCUGAACAUGACACACACGGAGGAGAGCAUCAUGAAUUUGAUCACACCAGAACUGGUUGAUGAUCCAAAAUGGUUGGACAAAGUUUCCGAAAUGAUAACCCAAGUGAUAUCGAUCGAACAGAAACACUUAAACGAAACGAAAACAAUCAGCCUCGCUGAGAAACACAAGCUUCAAACACUGGUGGACACUUUGAGGACUAAAUACAACGUACAUUGCAAAUUGAUGUCGGACGUGAAAAACUUAAUUAAAACAAUGGCGAAAAUUGAGGACUAUAGCUCGCAAACUCAACACUUCAUCGCCGAGUACCGACAGUACGUCGAACAUUUCAACGCGGCGUUCGCGUUGUUCAAGAAAGACAUUAAGAAGGACGAGCUGAACGAGGCGCUGACUCACAUCAAACACAUCAAGCACCACACUGAGCACCUGUACACGGAACUGCUGAACCUGGAGGCACGGAAGAACAAGCCGUCGGUCCGUCGAUUGGACUGCGUGCUGGCUGAGAAACAUGCGAAGGAGACGACGAAGGGUCAGCAGCGGAACGCGUACGCGGUCAGCGUUUGGCGUAGGGUCAAAAUGAAAUUGGAGGGUAGAGAUCCGGAUCCUGGCAGAAAGUACACUGCACAAGAACAGGUCGAUUAUGUGAUAAGAGAAGCCACCAGCUUGGAUAAUCUGGCUCUGCUUUACGAGGGCUGGACACCAUGGGUGUGAAGAGAAUUAAGUGUGCGGCAGUAAGCCUGCCUGGAUCUCCCUUCAGUAAAUGUAGAGCGCCAGCGCAUAUGAGUCGCAAUAGCGUGUGAUUGAAGCAGCAGCACCAUCUAACUUAACUAGCUUCUCAGAUCAAGUCGCUUAGUUUUAUUGUUCAUGCAAGUGUAAGGGUCUGUUUAAAUAAAAUUCCAGUGGGUAAUCGCAAAUGAAAUUUCAGUAAUCGACAAUCACAAAUUAAAACAAAGGAAAACAAAAACAAAACUAAACAAUGCGGAACUUGGAGAAAACGAGGAUUUGCAUUACUAGUAAAACUUUGCUACUUGCAAAUACAUAGUAAAGUAAUUCAAAGUUCAUGCUGCUUUUCAUUUUUAUUAUCAACGGUUGUCAGAGUUGACACAAACAAAUACUGCCUGUGGGGCAGUUGUAUAUUUUAGCAAAAAUAUACAAAUGAGUCGUAAUUUAUGUAAACUGAAGUUCUUGAUUGAUGUCAAGUUUUGUACCCUUUACAACUCUUUGGUACAAUCAUCAAAGCACCACACAAUUUUUUAUACUGUGUUUGGAGAAAUGGUGUCGGGUAUAAUUUUGAUGGGAAAGUAUUCGAAUUGUCGUUAAUUCAAAUCAUGUUUAUCUUAUAGUUGAGACAUUUUUUAUUUUUUAAAUAUUGUUUUUCUUUUAUUCAUCAAUUGUCUUGUAUUGUUUAUUGUGUAAAUUUCUUACUUUGAGAUACCCGGUAUUCUAACCAUGCCUAAAAAUAUAUUCUAGACAUUGUUAGGUUAUUCCUCCACUUAUAUUGCUUAAAAAUUACAUUAUUCAUUUCGAUUUUUUUAUAAUUUACGACUUCUCAUCUAACUAAUUGUUUUAUUAAAGAUUAUUAAGCACAUAUAUUUAAACAUAAAGCAGUAAAAUAUAAAUAUUAUAUUGAAUUAUUUCAUAAUAAUUACUAAUAUUACUACAUGUCAUGAUUUGGUUCAGUCAUCCAUUUUUAUGUUACGUUAAAAGAGGACAAAUUCAUCAAAAUGUUUUUAAUCCUGAUGAAUUAUAAACAACCGUUUUAUAAUGUCGUUGACAAACACAGUAUUUUGAGUUGACAAAUGUGUAACUUUUAAUGUAACAUGUUAAAAUUGAUGUUUAAAAAAAAUAGCAAAAACACUUUAGAUGUUUAUGAAUUCGAUAGUGUAAUUGUUCAAAUCUUAUCUUCAAUUCCUUAAAAAAUUGUUUUCUAGUUAUAGUCAUCCAUUCAAUAGUAAUUAAUUAGGGUAUUUUAUAAUUUUGUGGUUCUUUUAGGAAAAUGUGAUAAACAUUUUUAACUCGCCUCAAUGUUACUUUAUAUGAUGUGACCUUUUACUAAUGUUUAUUACUCUUUCUCUUCUGUAUUUUAAAUCCUAAUAUAGUCUUAUUGUGUAA